AAGAAGGAUUUAACUCGAACAAUGUUGAACCGACGUGUCGGGAGAGUGAGGAAUGCCCUGGUGCGAGAGUGCAUGGCUGAGUUCUUGGGAACUUUUGUGUUGCUGCUCUUUGGCUGCUCUGCUGCAGCGCAAGUAAAGACAAGCAGAGAGACUAAAGGCCAGUUCCUGUCAGUCAAUUUGGCCUUCUCCGUGGGUGUGAUGUCAGCUAUGUACCUCACCAAGAACAUCUCAGGUGCUCAUUUCAAUCCAGCGGUGACUCUGAGUUUCUGUGUGUUGGGCCAGGUCCCCUGGGGAAAGCUGGUGCCCUACUGCCUCUCCCAGGUGCUGGGGGCUUAUCUGGCAUCAGGGCUCGUCUACUUGGUCUACUAUGAUGCCAUAAUGGAGUUUAGUGGAGGAGUAUUGACUGUCUAUGGCCCAAAUGAGACCGCGUCUAUAUUUGCCACAUAUCCCUCAGAGUACAUGACUUUGGGUAGAAGUUUCCUUGACCAGGUAGUGGGCACUGGCAUGCUGAUGUUGUGCAUACUGUCUUUGGAAGAAAAGAGGAACACCCCGGCUCCCUCAGAGCUGAUUCCUGCUAUAGUAGCAGUGAUCGUCCUGGGGAUCUCUAUGUCAAUGUCAGCCAACUGUGGUGCUGCAAUAAACCCUGCUCGGGACCUGGGGCCACGCCUCUUAACACUGACUGCAGGCUGGGGCACUGAGGUCUUUACGUGUUACAACUACUGGUUCUGGGUGCCACUGGUGGCCCCACUUAUUGGAGGUGUUAUAGGUACUUUCAUAUAUUUGUUCUUCAUCCACUGGCACCUGCCUGACCCAGACCCUCCUGAGAGACUCUCCUCUCUCUCCACUAUCAGUGACAAAAUCAAGCAGCCCUGCACAAUGUGGAACAAUGGAGUAGAGUUAAAGGCUGCAUGAAAAUAUGUUGUCAUGAGUCAGUUUUAGACAGUAAUCUGUUUGAGAAAGCAGAGUUUGAAUACCUGAGUUUAGCCACUGUUAAGAUGCAUACAUCUCUGGGAGAAAUAAGGGACUGUUCGUUAUUUAUUUCAGGGGCCACCGGAAAAGUUUUGGGGUCUUUAGUCAAAAUAGACCUGAUCCUUCCUUCACCAGCAAUACAUUCCGGAUGAUCCUCCAAAAUGAUAUGGACAAAAGGGAUGACCCUCCCCAACAAUUUAUUGAGAUUUUCUAUACUGGUUUGCAUUUGGCAAAGAUGUACAGACAUCCAUUGUUUUCUUACAGCCAUGACAUAUGUGGCUAAACCUCUGCUUUCUCAUCUUAUGCAUCCCACUCCUCUGUUAU